GCAGACGAAGUUUGUGUGUUUUGGAGUCGGUAGAAAAACCAAGUAAGGCGAAUAAAGUUUUUCUCUUAAGAUUCAAGAAAAAGUUACGCUGGUUAUUUAUUUACAUGGACUUUAAUAAUUCAUAAGACUUUUUGACGGAUCAACAAAUUUUCCACAAUGUCGGCACUGCCUGUGGCUAAAUUAGCUGCCCUUGUUGUCAAACAGUUGGCCAAGCCACUUGCCAACCUGGCCAAGGAGAAAGCAAAACAAUCUUAUUUUUUCAGGACAUACAUCUGUAUGCCUCCAGCACAAUUUUAUCACAGAUGUGAAAUGAAAAUUAAGAUGUGGGCCAUGAACCUGGGAAAGGCUGUCGAAAUCCCUAAGCUGAAUGAAGCGAUGGCCAUUGAGUUGGGUGGCACCCUAUUGGGUGAAGGAAUUAUCUUUAUCACCGGAGCUGUUCUCGUCACUGCCGAAGUGGUUCGGCGAAACAAAAAAGACACCGCUAUUGAACAAGCUCGUCGUGAUGAAUUGGAGUCUAUAUUGGACCGUUUACGAGACAUGGAAAUUGAAGCCAGUCGCCAAGACGCACAACUAAGGGAGAUCAACAGGCUCUGUUUGGCCCUGCAAGACAAAUUCGUGUCUCCACCACCAUCUCAAGAAUCUACAGUCAACGUUACAAAGGUAGAGGCUCAAUACGAUGACAAUAAAGCCUCAUCAUCUACCAUUUCCAGCAAUAAUUCAGCUGUUCCUGUUACCCUAGACUCAGCAUGUGGAACAACUGGAGAAGCGUUCGCCGGACACCGCCGGGGGAUCGUGCACCAAGCCAUAGCUCUGAUUGUUAAAAGUUAAUUUGUGAAACAGAUCCCAGUUUCUGUUUUUGAAAUCAUUUGUAUCCCUUGGAAAUUAUCAAGAAGAAACCAAGAUGUAACAUAGUGCGAAAUGAGAGGAAUACAGAAUAAUUUAAAAGUUU